AUGAAGGGUAUUGUCUCUUGGGCCGUGGUUUCGGCCGCUCUGGUACUGAGUGCUACAGAAUCGCUGGCAUUCGCCAAUGUUUCUAGUUUCGAGAAGCGCACCACUACCGGGAACGGCUGGGACCUUGACGGCAAGUCUUACGACUAUGUCAUUGUUGGCGGUGGCACUGCCGGUCUUGUGCUUGCUAACCGACUGUCGGCAAACCAGGGCACUACUGUGGCUGUUAUUGAGGCGGGUAACUCGGGAUACGAUGACAAUGACAAGUUUGUCGUGCCUGAUGCCAACCUCUACAACUCUGCUGUUAACACACAGUAUGACUGGCAGUUCCACACUUCCUCUCAAAAGCAUAUGAAUAACCGCCGUGCUUCUUGGCCUCGUGGCAAAGUUCUUGGUGGUAGCAGUGCUGUCAAUGGUCUUUACUACGUUCGUCCAAGUGAGACGGAAGUGAACGUCUGGUCCAAGCUGGCUGGUGGCAGUGGCCGCUGGAGCUGGAACAGUCUCCUCUCGGGCAUGAAGAAGAGCGAGCACUUCCGUGGCCCCGUAAAGAGCGUUCAGAACCAGCUGCAGAUCCAGUACAACGCCGGUUCUCACGGUAGCAAUGGUCCUAUUGGUACUACUUGGCCUGCUGUGACCUACGACCCUGUUGAACGGUUCAUCAAGACUGCUGACAGCAUGUCUGGUGCGAUCAACAAUGACCCUUACAACGGAAACAACCACGGAACUUACGUUGCUCUCUCUUCUAUUGACAAGACGAACUGGCAGCGUAGCUUCUCUCGCAACGGCUACCUUGACCCCAUUUCAAAGCGAUCGAACCUCCAUGUGCUGACUGGCCACACAGUUACUGGUAUUAUUUUUGACCGCUCUGGCAAGAACGCUCAGGCUACUGGCGUUCACUAUGCAGCUUCUAGCAACGAGGCCUCUCACACUGUGCAUGCCAACAAGGAGGUGAUUAUCUCUGGUGGUGCCAUCAACAGCCCUCAGAUUCUCCAGUUGUCGGGUAUCGGUGACAAGAAUCUCCUUAAUGGACUCGGUAUUGAUGUGGUGGUUGACCUUCCUGGUGUGGGUGAGAACCUUCAGGACCACGUGUCUGCUGGUAUGUCGUUCAAGCCCAAGAACAAGAAGGAUGCCGGCCCUACUUCCGUCACUGGCGAUGCUAAGGCAGACUCGUAUGUCAACUCGGCUGUGUCAUAUACAUCGCUUGGCAAGCUGUUCAACAACAAAGACUCGAUCCUUGGCAAGAUCCAGGCUCGUGCUAAGCAGAUUGCGGACAGCCACAAUGUGUCGCCGGCCGUUAAGCAGGGUCAGAGCAAGGCCUACAAUGCCCUUGCUGACACUAUUUUCCCCUCGAAGGUGUCACCCGUUGAGAUUCUCGGUAAUGUGAUGUUUGGAAGCAUCAGCAUCCAGGCUGCUCUUCAGCACCCUCUCUCGCGUGGUUCAAUUAAGAUUACUAGCAAGGAUCCAUUUGCUUACCCUAAGAUUAACCCUAACUACUUUGCUGAGAACUUGGAUCUUGUUCUUCUUCGCGAGGGCUUCAAGCUGAUUCGUGAAAUGUCACAGCAAUCGCCUUUGAAGGACGUCAUUGACUUUGAGACUGUUCCCGGCGACAAAGUUCAGACCAAUGAGGACUGGGAGAACUGGAUUCGCUCUGCUGCUGGUACCGAGUACCACCCUAGUAGCACUUGCGCUAUGCUGCCGCGUGGCGACGGUGGUGUGGUUGACGAGAACCUGAAGGUUUAUGGCACCAGCAACCUCCGCGUUGUUGAUGCCUCCGUGACUCCUAUUGCUAUGUCAUGCCACCUUGAAUCCGUUGUGUACGGUCUUGCUGAGGUCGCCGCCGACAUCAUUCUUGGUAACUAG